AAUCUUUGUUUACGUUCCGUUGAAACGCAUGGGUCCACAAGCGGUAUUUUAAAGAAUGAUUUAGCAUAUUUUAAAUCAUUUUUUGCGCAAAGUCCACAUUUAUUUAGUAUAAAUAUUUUGACCAAAAUGUGAUAUGAGUAUUUAGGGAAAUUUAAGACAUGGCGUCUCGGCGCAGAACAGGCUUAGAAGAAGUGGAUGAGAGGAGCAGCUCCAGACGGAUGCAGAUGACAGCUCUAGCAGUGUCUUCAGUCUGUGGUUUAAUGUUUGGAUUUGCAAUAGAAAAAGGAAAAGUUUAUGAACCUCUUGUGGUAAAAAAUCAGAUGUUGUUGUCCCAGUUUGUUAUGCUGAAAAUGUUUCUAUCUGGAAUCAUUACAGGGAUGUUUGUGAUGUCAUUGUUGUCCAUGCUUCCACUUACGAGAAAUCAGUACCUAGGUGCUAAAUCCACUUUUGUGAAAGGUCUUAGAGACAAGGGUUUCCUGACCGUCCUCACCGGGGGAGCCUUAUUAGGCAUGGGAAUGGCUGUAGCUGGAAGUUGUCCAGGGGUGGUUCUUGCUCAGAUUGGAUCAGGAACUCAGAACUCAAUAUACACUCUGUUGGGUGCUUUGUUUGGUACCCUGCUGUACGGGAUUCUAGAACCAGUUGUUACAGACUUAAUGAGGCCAGAACAUUCAAUAAGAUUCCAAUUUUUAUACAAUCUGUAUGGCUCUCCUUUCUUUGUGAUGGCCUUGCCUACUGCUGCAGUGUUUUCAAUGGUUGUAUUCACUUUGGAGCUUGCUUAUCCCUGGGAAGAAGAAAUCAGUAUCACAGAUUCUGUCUACCAAUCAAGUAGUUGGAUUACAUGCCCAGCAUGGCCACCAUAUUUGUCUGGUGUUGUAGUUGGAAGUCUACAAAUUCCUACAGUAUUGGUCAUGGGUGACACUUUAGGAGCAAGUAGUAGCUUCUGCACCAUCACCUCCCAAUUUUUCCUCCACAAGUCAACAAAAAGAUUAUCACCAUACCUCCUCAAGUUCCAAACUGGCUUUCCGAACUGGUGGCAGGUUGUCUUUGUCCUGAGCUCCAUUUUUGGUGCUUUCUUGUCCUCCAUGCUGUCUGGAACUUAUGGCACAGUCGCUGGGGCUUCAGUUGUUCAAUCGUUUGUUGGGGGAGCUCUGAUACUUUUUGGAGCACGCUUAGGAGGAGGGUGCACAAGUGGACAUGGUCUAUCUGGUAUAGGUCUGUUGAACAGUCUGUCUAUCGCCUCCAUGAUGGCUAUGUUUGUAGGGGGCACUCUAACAGCUCAGGUUCAGCAGUGGAUCAGUUAGAAAACAAUCAGCAUUCAGAUUCCUGACAGAUGUGUUCAUCUUUUAUUUGUAUUGUUAUGUAUUAUGCCCCUGUAAUCGGAGAUUCGGGGCAUGUAGUUUUUGGUUUAACCUUGGCCAUUAUCAACUUUGCUGUUGUACGGAGCAUCAGUGUUUCACAGCCAUAUCUUGUUUUUAUGUUCCCAAGCGAGAUAUAGUCACUGUUAUUUCUGUCUGUCCGUCUUAGCUCAUAUCUUCUAAACCUCUCAGAAAUUGAUCACAAAUAUUCCUUGGGACAGGGACUUUUGGGACAAGGUAAUUUUGGAAAGGUCAAGGUCACUCAGAACAUAUACCUUAUGUAAAGAAAAGGUUCCUUUAUUUCUAGUUUUUGAACAGGUAUUGAUCAUACAUCACACAAAUAAAUAAUAGGCAAAUGGCAUUCAGGCAAAGGUCAUUUCAUUAAGGUCAAGGUCAAUCAGCAUAUCCCCUAUAUACAAAAAACCCUUCAUUUCAACAAUAUUUCAACUGUUUUUGAUCUUUUGGACCAAGGUCUCUCAAUGUCAUUUUAGAAAGGCCAGGGUCACCCAAAACAUACAAUAUGUGAGGAAAAAGUUCCUUAUUUCAACAGUUUUUGAACUGGUAUUGAUCAUAUAUCACACAAAUAAGUAAUAGGCAAAUGGCUUUCAGACAAAGGUCAUUCAAGAUCAUAUUGUGAAGGUCAAGGUCACUCAACAUAUACCUUAUAUAUGAAAAACAAAUUAAUUCAACAAUAUUUCAACAGUUAAUUGAUCAUUGUGCUAGUCAUUUGUCAUAUGAAGUAGUUCAUUGGUUAGAUGCUGUUUGACAAUUUUACUGAUAUUCUUGUUUGUAAAUGUAAUCAUUUAUUGUUAUCAUUAUUUUCAUUCAUCUCUGUUACUAACAUUUUAUUGAAUUAAAAUUUGUAAAAGAUA